ACUAAUCUCAUGAGCUGAGUUUAUCCUUCUUUUCCAUAGAUGAACAACACAUAUUAUAAUUUUGUUUUAACAUAACAUGUCUUAAAAAUGGUGAUGACUUCACCACUACCAGAUAUAUUUUCAUUGUUCUUGGACAUCUACUAGAUCUAUUUCUUCAGAAUCUUCACACCUUGUAUUUUAGCAAUAAAUAAUCCUAUAUAAUAGACAUUUUUUACUUAGUAACAGUAGACAAAAACAAAUAGGAAUUAUGUAGCUAACUGAAUUACAACAAUAUGCAAGCGCAAUUAAGAACCCCUUUACAGAGGCAACUCACCCGUAUAAUCGUGACAAGUUUUGUUUUCUUGAGGAAGACUAAUGAUGAAGAGAUUAUUAAACCCAGAAAAUCUUCAGUCUGCAGAACGUUUUCACAUUAAAUGAUAAUUUUAGAUUUACAGUGCUGGUUUGGAGUGAAUCUUUCUUGAAGCAAGAUGGACGAAACAGUUGAACAUGGGAUAAUUUUUCAUGUCUUUGUUGCUUUUACAUGUAUAAUUUUUUGUGUUUCAUUUGUUCAAAGAAGUAUAUCAUUGUUGUUGCAGUGAAUAGCUAGCAAACAAUACAAUUGAAAGAGAGUAAACACAAGUAAUAGGAUAAAGAAAAAACUCAGCUUUGCAGAUAUGAUCUAUCCUUGUGUCUCCAAGAAUUACUGCAAAACCGACAGACUUGGAUUCCACAUGUAAAAAAGCAACUUUUGAAUCCAUAUGACUUCAUUAACGUAGUUAUGUCAUUUAAGCCAAGAGUUAAAUACUUCUAAGUAUCAAUACAGAGAUAUUGGAAAUAACCAAUUUUUUGCCAUUUUGAUUCUAAUAUUUCUCUUGUACUUUUCUAAAUGAAUUCAAAUCAGCCGUUUUGGACUUGCAAUAAAAGCAAUGUACAAAAAGUGCUGAUGAAUACAUUUAUGUAGAGCAGAAAUCACUAAAUCAGCAGUUGAUGCAAAAUGUGAUGACUGUUGUUGAAUUGUCAUUUGUGCUUCUGUAUUUUUAGGCAACUGUGAGGUCUACUUACAGUACUCUGUCUACAGUGGUGUACACACAACAAAGGAUGCAUCUCAAAAAAUUAGAAUAUCAUUAUAAAUUGAUGAAAAAAGUUAAAAAUUGCUUACAAAGCUGUCUGUUCACAGAACGCUGUAUACUAGUGAAAGUGUAAGAAAAACACAGGUAUAAAAUGGUGCACAGGAAACAGGAAUAGCACCUUCACACAAUGCUACAAUAAAUCAGUAAUUCAUAUUAUUCAUAGUAUUAGGUGUAUAUACUGAUCAAUACAGUCACCAGGCUGACAUUUUUGAAUUAAAAUUUAGUUUUUACUGGUUUAAUGUGAAAUUCACAUUUUCCAAGAAGCUAAAUUUUGGUGUUUCAUUUGCAGUAAGUCAUAAUAAUUAAAAUAAAGUAGAACUAAAAAUCCGAGUCUUUGUAAUGAGUUUCAUGUUUUCAACUAAAUUACUGAAAUAAAUGAAAUUUUCAAGAUAUUGCUAUAUUUAUAAAAUUACAUUUCCACUGACCUGUAUUCUUUAUUCUGAUUGUAUUCUGACCUUCAGAACACAACCAAUUUCUGCAAUAAUUUCGGCAUAUUACGAACUCUUAAUAAAAGAGAAGCUUUAUAACUUCUUGACAAAACACAUCACCUUUGUCUCAUGAUCCUUCAGUGAAAGUGUUGAUUCCAACAAAAAUAUCUAAACCCAUAAAGGUCAUAAAAUACAAAUCAAAAACCUUCACAUGACUAUUUUACAAGAGUAAGCUAAAGCACUUCCCUUUCAUAUUUCCCCAUUUAAAAAACUGCUGAGCUGGAACAGAUAAAACAAGUUUAGGGUUGUGUCUACAUUAAAAUAAAAAGAAAAAACAGAAAUAAAAUUAGUCAUUUAAAAAGUAUUAAAGUGAGAACUUGAGAUAAUAAAUGGAUAGAGGAUAAUGUAAAUGUCUCAUUAAGAUGUGAGAAGUAGCUUCCUGUUAUCUGAAACAUUUAACUGUAAUGACAACUAAGAAAAAAAUGUUGGUUUUUUUGUCUAGUUGUAAGAUUUUCAGUUGCAGUGAUUCACAUUUUAUCACUAAAGAGUGAUUUGAAUCUCUUCACUGAUAGAGUAGUGAUUAAAUUUCACUAAGUCUUAACUUCAUGUGCAAGUAAAUACUGUGGAUAAACAGUUUUUCAUGCCAUUUGUAUCAAAUCAUAUAUAAAUCAAGUAUGUAUUAUAUGUGUUUGAUAUUGUGUAGGAUGCAGCUCUGGAGACUGUAAGUCUGAAAGAGUGUAAACACAGAAGUUUCCAUUUAAGCUACGCACAAAAAAGCAAACACCUUUAACCUAACUUAACCCUUCACUUAUUAAAAAUGAGAAGAUUAUGUUGAGUUCAUCCAGAAAUAACUGAAAUAACUUUGUUUCAUAGCAGAAAAGACAGUUUCGGAGUAUGAAAAGUUGCUUGAUUUAAAGUAAAAUGUGUAUAGAUAUAUAACACAAAAUAGUUAAAGAUUUUGUGUAAUUUGGAGGUCUUUUGAAAUAUUUGGAUAUUUUUCAUAGCAGAAAAGAGAGUUUUGGAAUAUUUCAAAUCAAACGCUGCUUGAUUUAAAUUAAAGUGUGCACAAAUGCUUUCUAUUUUGAUAAAUAACUCGCCUCUUUUUAUUUUCUUUAUAUUUCAACUAAGAAUUAAAGUUCCACUCAAACAUACACCAGUUUUUGUUGCUUAAUACACGCAGCCAUGAAUGAGAACUAUCUUAUCAAGUCACAGGUUAAUCAGGUUAAUGACCCUCUAAAUUUAGCUUAUCAAGAGGUAAAAAAUCGCACUGUUAGCAGGCCUGAUGAAAAAGAGAACCAGAUCAAAGAAGUUCUCACAAAAAAUGCCUGGAUAAAGUUAUGAUGUGACUUAGUAUAAAGGCACAAACCUCUCAGAGCUGCAUCAAAGUCUUCACACUGAUUUUAAGAUGAAGCUGCUGCUCUUAGUGGGAAUGCUGACAGCAUGUGCUGCAGUGACCCAAGAUCUGUCUGGCAAGAUGUUCACCUUCCCACUUGAAACCAACACAGCUCAUGUGAAGCUAACAACUACAAAACAGGAUUUUAAUGCAGUAACUGUUUGCCAAAGAUCCUUUACAGACCUCCAAAGAAGCCACGUCCUAUUUUCUUUAGCUGUUCCCACUUUUUCCAAUGGCUUUAUGGUUCUUUGGGAUGGGUCUGACAAAGAAUUAGAGAUCUACACCCAGGAUAAAAUUGCAGUAUUUGGAAAAACUGACUACAAGCAAAACACAUGGCACUCUAUCUGCGCCACCUGGGACUCCGCAUCUGGAUUGGUGCAGCUGUGGUUGGAUGGACUACCAUCAGUUAGAAAAUUUACCAGCUCUGGAUCAAACAUCAGAGGAUCUCUCAUAAUUAUGUUAGGACAGGAGCAGGACAGUCAUGGCGGCGGGUUUGACAUCAAGCAGUCUUUCGUUGGGAUGUUGUCUGAUGUCCACAUGUGGGAUUACGUCCUCUCUGCCUGUGAGAUCCAGAAAUAUGUGAAUGAACAGAACUUCACUCCAGGAAAUGUGCUGAACUGGGCGGCUCUGGAUUAUCAGAUAGUAGAAAAAGUGGUGGUAGAGAAUAAAGGUUUGUUCUUGAACUGUUAAACUAAUACCAUCACUUACAAAAAGUCGCAAUCAUAAAAGAAUGCCUGAUAUUAAAUCAUUGCUCUUUAUAGUCUUUUUUUGUUGUUGCUUCUUUUGAGACACGCUUUUCAUGGGAAAAGAAUAACACACUCCCCACCCACUCACAUUCUCCGGUGAGUCACACACUGGUAUAUAAUGAGUACGAGACACUGUCGUCCUGUCACACAACCAGUCUAACAGAAUGCUUUAUGUGAGGGAGAGGUAAAUUGUAACUAUCUGUUCUUAUAAAAGCUUUGUUUUGUCUCUUAAUAAAUGAGAAAAGCCUGUGUUGCA